AGAUUGGAAUACGCUUUUGCCCUCAAUUGUUGCCUAUAUGUGUGUGUGUGUGUGUGUGUGUGUUUGCAGCAAGGAAAUAGCGAGAAAAACACAUCUUUGGUGGCAAGGAAACGACCAGAAAUCUUGGCCAAUGAGAACAUCGGAUCAACAAUCAAUUACGAUACCAAAAAAUCAAAGAACAAUGCAAAAGCAACUCGAAGGUUUUGGAACAAGCGUGUGGAGGAUUUUCUCAUUGGGGCUAUGAAUGAUGUAUUCUUAAGUGAUCCUAAGUGGAAGCAUGAUAAUAACCAAUUUAGGCCAGGCUUCUACAAUUUAUGCGAGAAGAAAAUCUUACUAGCAUUUGCUGGAACCAAUCUUCGAGCCUCUUCUCAUAUCGAAUCAAAGAUUAAGUUGUGGAGGAAACAAUAUAGCACUCUCUAUGAUAUGGUGAAUGCUAGUGGUUUUGGCUGGGAUGAUUGUGAGAAGAUGGUCCUUGUCGAUAGUGAUGAUGUUUGGUCAAACCAUGUUAAGAAAGUGCCAGACGAAAAAGGAAUGAGAAACAAGCCAUUUCCAUAUUAUGAAGUUUGGCUUAUUCUGUUUGGCAAGGAUAGGGUUACUGGUGAGUUAGCUGAAGGUCCAGCUGAAUCAGUUACAGCCAUGGAGAAUGAGGAAACAACUAAAGAAAAAGGAGAUGAGUCCCCGGUGGAACAAUUCUAGUUUAAUGAAACUAACAUUGAUUAUUCAAUGUCACCUUCAGGUAAUACAACUAACCCUCCUGACUCGUCUAAACCUCCUAACUCGUCUAAAGCAGGGAAAAAGUGAGUCAAACCUGCUGCGGGGAUUUCCCAAGAACUAUCUGAGAUGGCUAUUACUUUUGGAGCAUUCUUUGAAAAUACUAAUAGUAGGAUGUCAGAGAUAGCUCAUAGGAUAGGGUAUUCACAUGACCUAUCCCAGCAAAGGAGGUUGGCCAAUACAGAACUCUUGAAACUACCAAUAAGUACUGGCCAAAGGUUGAAGGUAGCAUCAAUGAUAGUCAAAGAUGGGAAGCGGGUUGAUUUGUUCUUCAGUCUAGAGGAGGAUGGCAAGAUGGAGUGGGUUUGUAUGUUGUUGGAAGGGUCUAUUAUUGGAGUAUGGAAUUAGCUAUAUGAUGGUCCUUUUGAAUAUGUAAUACAUUAUUUGUAUGAUGGUCCUUUUGAAUUAGCUGUAUAAUGGUCCUCAAUGAUUAUGUAAUAUAACUUCAGCAAAUGACCCCUAGGACUUACUGGUAUGUUCUGAAAUUUUCAUAUUCUAAGCUGUGAGAUAAAGGCCUCACUUUUUAGUAAGUAUGGGAACAGUCAGUUUCAUACAUUUUGGACAUGUUGCUGGACUAUGUUAUAAAUGAAUAUAUGUUUUUAGUGGUGAAUAUUAUUGUUCUCUCUCUCACACAGAAGAUGGUGAUUUGUUCUUCAUGCAUUUGCUUGCCCGGAUUUUGUUCAAUGAUUGGUGAUUU